GAUUUUUAAUUUCUCUCUCAAGUAGUUUUCAAGCAUUCAUUUUGUAUCCAUUUUAGCCUUUCCCAUCUAUAUUAAUUCCUUGCGCUGAACCUUUCUGUGUCAGCAUUCUUCAAAGUCAAUCCUAAAAGCAGGGAUAUGGAUCAGCAGUAUUGGAUGUGGAUGAUGAUGAGGAGUUCUUUGAGGGAGUCAACAUGGGAAGAGAAGGUUGCAGAAGAUGCAGCUGGUGCUCUAGGUGGAUGCCUGUGGCCUCCUAGAUCGUAUUCUUGUAGCUUUUGCAGGAGGGAAUUCAGGUCUGCUCAAGCUCUAGGUGGACACAUGAAUGUCCAUAGAAGGGAUAGAGCCAGGCUCAAGCAAUCUCAAAUAAGUGAUUCCCACAAUGUACAUGUUCUCCAUCAUCCUCAAAACCACACCGGAAAUCCCACAAAAUUAUUUGACGACCCUAACUCAUCUACCCUUAAUGUUUUUCCUGCUUUAGCUCCGGCAGCAACUUGCUCACCAUCUAGGGUUUCAGAUCCUUCCAUGAAGAGAAACCUUAACAUCUCAGAUCAUUCUACAUCUGUAGGUUUCGAUGGCAGCUGCGUUGAAACCAACUUGUCUGUAGGCUUGAGUUCUGUCUUUUCUCAAAACCGGCCGACAGCUAGUUGUACCGAAGAGGCAAUCAUCAGUUGUACCAAAAGGCCUAAGAUCGCGGUCACCGCCCGGCAAUUCUUUGUUUCCAAUGACAGGUUUAAGGCAAACUCCAUGGAAGACUUGGAUCUUGAGCUCAGGCUUGGUACUGAUCCACCAAAGGUGAAGUAGUGAAGGUGCAAUAAUGGUAUAUCAGUAUUGUUAUAUAACUAAAACUAAGAGUUGCCUUUGGUUUUCUUUUCCUCUAGCUUUCUGUUAUCCCUUUUAGAUUCAAUGAAAAACAGGCAAAUGC